CGUGGCUGACGGAAAAAAAAAGGGGAGAGAUUUAGUUUUAUCCAACAGUGCCUGAAUUACGUUCUGCAAUCAAUACGGACAUAACCGUCCGUUGUGUCCUGUUUAUAAAGUUUUGCUUUUUUUAUUUUCUCCAUUGAUGGGUCUUUUCUUUCUUCUCUCUCUCGUGUUUCUUUCAUGGGGUUAAGACUAGUGUUUACCGCGUGAAGGUUUUUUUUUCUUUCUAUUUUCUUUCAUUUCCUCUCCUUCUACUUCUUCUUCUCCAGUUCUCAUCUGGGUUCUUCAAUGGCGAGUGUUGAAGGUGAUGAUGAUUUCGGAAGUUCUUCGUCAAGGUCUUAUCAAGAUCAACUAUACACAGAGCUAUGGAAAGUUUGUGCAGGUCCAUUAGUGGAAGUUCCUCGUGCUCAAGAGAGAGUUUUCUACUUCCCUCAGGGUCACAUGGAACAACUUGUGGCGUCAACUAAUCAAGGAAUCAAUUCAGAAGAAAUACCUGUUUUUGAUCUUCCUCCAAAGAUACUUUGUCGAGUUCUUGAUGUCACUUUAAAGGCGGAGCAUGAAACAGAUGAGGUUUACGCUCAGAUCACAUUACAACCAGAGGAAGAUCAAAGUGAACCAACAAGUCUUGAUCCACCUAUUGUUGGACCAACUAAGCAAGAGUUUCAUUCGUUUGUUAAGAUUUUAACGGCUUCAGAUACAAGCACUCAUGGUGGAUUCUCUGUUCUUCGUAAACACGCCACUGAAUGCUUGCCUUCUUUGGAUAUGACACAAGCUACUCCUACUCAAGAACUUGUGACUAGAGAUCUUCAUGGCUUUGAAUGGAGGUUUAAGCAUAUAUUCAGAGGACAACCACGGAGGCAUUUGCUUACUACGGGUUGGAGUACAUUUGUAUCCUCGAAAAGACUUGUAGCUGGAGAUGCUUUUGUGUUCUUGAGGGGUGAGAAUGGGGAUUUACGGGUUGGAGUGAGACGAUUAGCUCGGCAUCAAAGCACAAUGCCUACUUCGGUUAUUUCAAGUCAGAGCAUGCAUUUGGGAGUUCUUGCUACAGCUUCUCAUGCUGUGCGUACAACAACAAUCUUUGUUGUCUUUUACAAGCCUAGGAUAAGCCAAUUCAUAGUUGGGGUGAACAAGUAUAUGGAAGCUAUAAAGCAUGGAUUUUCUCUCGGUACCCGAUUCAGAAUGAGGUUUGAAGGAGAAGAGUCUCCUGAGAGAAUAUUUACUGGUACGAUUGUGGGAAGUGGAGAUCUAUCUUCACAAUGGCCAGCUUCUAAAUGGAGGUCAUUGCAGGUACAAUGGGAUGAGCCAACAACAGUUCAGAGACCAGAUAAAGUCUCACCAUGGGAGAUAGAGCCUUUCUUGGCAACUUCCCCAAUUUCAACUCCUGCUCAACAACCACAAUCGAAAUGCAAGCGGUCAAGACCCAUCGAGCCAUCAGUUAAAACACCAGCCCCACCUAGUUUCUUGUACAGCCUCCCUCAGAGCCAAGAUUCCAUUAAUGCAUCCCUUAAACUGUUUCAAGAUCCAUCACUUGAGAGAAUUUCAGGUGGAUACUCCUCAAACAACAGCUUCAAACCCGAGACUCCUCCUCCUCCAACGAAUUGUAGCUAUAGGUUGUUUGGAUUUGAUCUCACAAGCAAUUCUCCUGCUCCAAUCCCUCAAGACAAGCAACCGAUGGAUACUUGUGGAGCUGCCAAGUGUCAAGAACCCAUCACUCCAACCUCAAUGAGUGAGCAGAAGAAGCAACAAACAUCAAGAAGUCGAACUAAAGUGCAAAUGCAAGGCAUUGCGGUUGGUCGUGCGGUUGAUUUAACACUGUUGAAAUCUUACGAUGAACUGAUUGAUGAGCUUGAGGAGAUGUUUGAGAUUCAAGGACAGCUUCUUGCCCGAGACAAAUGGAUCGUUGUCUUCACUGAUGAUGAAGGAGAUAUGAUGCUUGCUGGUGAUGAUCCGUGGAAUGAGUUUUGCAAGAUGGCAAAGAAGAUAUUUAUAUAUUCGAGCGAUGAGGUUAAGAAAAUGACAACGAAACUGAAGAUUUCUUCGUCGUUAGAGAAUGAGGAAUAUGGUAAUGAAUCAUUCGAAAAUCGUAGUAGGGGGUGAGAGUUUUAGCUGUUAAUUAAGGUUAAUUCGGCGACGUCGUUUUAGUGCGUAAGUGUCUAAAGACUUUUUUUUUAGUCUGUGUAUAUAAAGUCUUGUCCUCUUUUUCAUGUCAAUUUUUCAAGUUGGCGAUUUAAUAUUUCGGUUUUGGGACAGUGGUUGAUGGGGCGGUUUUACAUCUUUUAUGUGUAUGUACUUGUUCCAUAACCAUUCAAUUUUCAAAACCAAGUACAUUCAAUUAGUUAUGGGUUCAAAGAUUAUAUUUCUAAUCAAUAAUUA